CCCAUUGGCAAGCGCAGGACCCUCGACGGGAAGCUUCUUCCUUUUCUCUACAUUUUACGACAAUCUCCACUCCACCCGCUGCCAUGUUGCGCACCUCGAUCGUCCGGGCUUCCAGGAGCUCGGCCAGCGUCAUGUCAUCGGUCGCGACCCGCACAGCUCUCCCCAGAGCUGCCCCCGUAGCUUGCCAGCUUCAGCAGACCCGCCAGUCCUCGCACGCCAUUUCCAACCCCACCCUCGCCAACAUCGAGAAGCGAUGGGAAGACAUGCCCCCCCAGGAGCAGGCCGACUUGUGGAUGUCGCUUAGGGACCGCAUGAAGGUGGACUGGAAGGAGAUGACUAUGCAGGAGAAGAAGGCUGCAUACUACAUCGCUUUCGGUCCCCACGGCCCUCGACGACCCCCGCCUCCAGAUGAGGGCCGCAACGUCUUCUUCCUGUCUGCUGGUGUUAUCUGCGCUGCCUUUGCCAUCUUCGCGUUCACCCGCAUGUUCGCCAGCCCCAUCCGACCACGCACCAUGACGAAGGAAUGGCAAGAGGCUUCCGAGGAGUACUUGAAGUCCCAAGGAACCGAGCCCAUCACCGGCUACAAGGGCAUGUUGGUCCAGUCCAAGUCCGAGAAGGACCUUCCUGGCGGAGAGAAGGUCAACGACGAGUAAAGAGUUCAGUCAUAGACAUCACAGCAUACACCAACACCGAUACCUUAUUUCCUUGGGUCAACAUUUUGCUUGGUACCGUCUGUGUGCAACACAUCCGGAGAAAGGAGAGGACAAAGAGGCCAAUGUCAUAUUUACCCCUCAGUGUACAGAAUUUAGAGGCUUUUGCGCAUUCCACUCUGGCGACUCCCAUCUUGAUCUUGUGUGCGCAAGCACAUUGUACGCAAUAAUGCCGCUCUCAAUCAACGCGCUCUUAACUCA